AUGCUUCGAUGUGGCUUGCUUUCCAUGCUCGCUUUUCAGGUUGUUCGGACCGUUGCUGACUCAUUGUGGGACGGCGAAACGAAGGAGUUUUGGGACUUGUGCAAGUCGUGUACAUCAAGGCGGCAGGUGUUUUGUUUCACUACCGGGCUUUGCCUCGACUUAGACAUCGAUGCUCCAUCGGAAGUUAUGUGGAAUGCUUGCAUGAACCCGCUAUUGGUACCGGAGUCUUGCCGCACCAAAGGCAUUCAUCCUCCUGGCACGUCGCGGGAGGAAAUGGAGAGCUGGGACCGAGAUCUGUGA